CGGUUGCUGCCGCAGAGCAGCCCGGAGGAGGGUGGAACUCCUGUGAGCGGGGCGUACUGAGUUCGCCUCCUCAUCUUCCUCCUCCUCCCCCUCCCAGCCUCUGCCGCCGCCCGUCGGAUUCCUCUCUGUUGCUCCCGGCGCGGAGCCUUCCGGACAGGGGCUGUGGACUCUUCGCUCGAGCCAGCUAGCGCGGUUUCCGGUGCCCUCGGGGUGGUGGACUCGUGUGCGGUGCAGCAGUGAUGUUUGAAGGUUCCAGUUUCUCUGCAUCUCUACCAACAGUUGUAUCAUCAUCAUCAUCAUCAUCAUCAUCAUCAUCAUCAUCAUCAUCGCCAUCAUUGUAAUUCUGAUUCUUCUUAAUCCUUUGGUGAGAACUCUGUGAUAUAAGAUGGCCGCAAAUAAGCCCAAGGGUCAGAAUUCUUUGGCCCUACACAAAGUCAUCAUGGUGGGCAGUGGUGGUGUUGGCAAGUCCGCUCUAACUCUACAGUUCAUGUAUGAUGAGUUUGUGGAGGACUAUGAGCCUACCAAAGCAGACAGCUACCGGAAAAAGGUAGUGCUGGAUGGGGAGGAAGUACAGAUUGAUAUCUUGGAUACAGCUGGGCAGGAGGACUAUGCUGCAAUUAGAGACAACUACUUCCGGAGUGGAGAAGGUUUCCUCUGUGUGUUCUCUAUUACGGAAAUGGAAUCCUUUGCAGCCACAGCUGAUUUCAGGGAGCAGAUUUUAAGAGUAAAAGAAGAUGAGAAUGUUCCAUUUCUGCUGGUUGGUAACAAAUCAGAUUUAGAAGAUAAAAGGCAGGUUUCUGUAGAAGAGGCAAAAACCAGAGCUGAUCAGUGGAAUGUUAACUAUGUGGAAACAUCUGCUAAAACACGUGCUAAUGUUGACAAGGUAUUUUUUGAUUUAAUGAGGGAAAUUCGAGCCAGAAAGAUGGAAGAUAGCAAAGAAAAAAAUGGAAAAAAGAAGAGGAAAAGUUUAGCCAAGAGAAUCAGAGAAAGAUGCUGCAUUUUAUAAUCAAAGCCUAAACUCCUUUCUUAUCUUGACCAUACUAAUAAACAUAAUUUAUAAGCAUUGCCA